AUGUGUCUGAUCUACGCGAGACUUCGUAGUCGAUUCCCGCAGGAGCAAUAUUUGUUCUGGUUUCGAGAACCAUAUGCAACUAUAGUUCUUGUGACGUGUGAGGAUCUUGAUGAGUUUAAAAACAUUCUCAAACCACGUCUGAAAUUAAUUGUUCAAAAUGAUGAGAGGGAAUGGUUUAUUGUAUUUGUAUCUAAAGCUCAUCCAAGUAAUGAUCAAGCAACUAAGUCUGUAAAGAAAGUAUAUGCGAAGCUUGAAGUUGAGUUCAGUUCAAAAAAGAGAGAAAGGUGCUGUAAGCUGGAUGUACAUGGCCCUGACGGAAACUUUUGGGAGGAUCUGGAAUUAAAGAUUACCGAGUGCAUCAGGAAUACCUUGGAUAGGCGCGCACAAUUCAACGAGGAUGAGAUACGCAAGCUCAGUGAGCAGCGGUUUAUGCCAAUAUGGAACUUUUGUAACUUUUUCAUCUUGAAGGAAAGUUUGGCUUUCAUAUUUGAGAUGGCUCAUCUUCAUGAGGAUGCAUUACGUGAAUAUGAUGAACUAGAGCUCUGCUAUUUGGAAACAGUAUGGAACAGACAUAGAAAAGAGUCCACUGAACAGUGCUUGUAUCAGUAUGCUGCCUUGGCCAAAACCGAACUUGAUUGGCACAGCCAAUUUAUCUAUUGA